AUGACGCAGGAGGCGGUACGAGUUAGAGUGAGGGACAGCAACAAUGCUACUGAGGAAGGGGAUCAAGAAUUCAAGAAUACGAAUUUUUUGUCUAUCCUAGCGACUGAGGAUCGAGACUUUCUGCUAUCUGCAACUGGAUCUCAGGUUAAAAUUUCUGAACUUGAAGGCAAAAUUGUUGGUAUUUACUUUUCAGCUAAUUGGUAUCCACCAUGUAAGAACUUUACGCCUCUUUUGGUGAAUGCUUUUGAGGAAUUUAAGAGUCAGACUCCCGGUUUUGAGGUAGUUUUUGUGUCAUGUGAUGAAGACUUGGAUGCCUUCAAUAACUAUCGGGCGUGCAUGCCUUGGCUUGCAAUCCCAUUUUCUGAUUUGAAUACGAAGAAAAAUUUGAAUAGCAGGUUUGAUGUAGAAGGUAUUCCUUCCCUAAUUAUUCUACAACCUGACAAUUACAAAGUCGAUGAAGCAAUUCAUGAUGGAGUUGAACUCCUGUACCGCUAUGGGAAGCAGGCCUUUCCAUUUACUAAAGAGAGGUUGCAGGAACUACAGGAGAGAGAGAGGGAGAAGCAUGAAAAUCAGACGUUAAUGAAUCUGUUAACGAGCCAAAAUCGAGAUUUUCUAUUGGGUCACUCAACAUCCAAACUGGUCCCAGUUGCAUCCUUGAAGGGUAAGACAGUUGGACUUUAUUUCUCAGCGCAAUGGUGUUUUCCGGGGGUGAAGUUCACUUCUAGGUUGAUAUCUAUCUACCAAAAAAUCAAAGAAGUGCUGCUGGGAAAAGGUGGUGAAGACUUCGAAAUAGUUUUUGUGUCAACUGACCAUGAUGAAUUAUCUUUUAACUUAUUUUUUGGGACCAUGCCAUGGCUAGCAUUGCCUUUUAAUGAUCCGACCAUCAAGAACCUUACUAAACAUUUCGAUGUUCAAUGGAUCCCUAGCUUGGUAAUUCUAGGCCCUGAUGGAAAAACAGUGACCAAGAAGGGAAGGAAUCUGGUAAACCUGUACCAAGAAAAUGCUUACCCGUUCACUGAAGCUCGAACGGCAUUGCUGGAGAAGCAAAUGGAUGAAGAAGCUAAAAGCCUGCCCAAAUCCAAGUACCAUGUGGGACAUCGCCAUGAGCUCACGCUAGUGUCUGAAGGCAGCGGAGGAGGACCUUACAUUUGCUGUGACUGUGAUGAGCAAGGACUUGGAUGGGCGUAUCAGUGCAUGGAGUGUGGCUAUGAGGUGCAUCCUAAGUGUACGAAGUCGGCGGAGAGACCUCCUGGGAGCGAUAGACAACGUUCUUGA